CACUGUAAAAUUUCUAGUUUUAAAUCAACCUGGAUAGAGUAUAUUUUACUCUGUCAGAAGGUACAUCGUCGUUUCAUUUUAGCUCUGUCGGUGCUUAAGCUUAACCCUGAACAGUUCACUGUGCGCGAAGCCUCGAGGAUGUUUAGCUGGGUGGUGAAAGUGGUACCCCAGCCCCCUGAACCCCCAGCAAAACUCGGAGAGGAGAAACCCAACGCCCCACCUCCUGCACCAGUAACAGUGACAGUAAAACAGGAAGUUAAGAAAGAAGAACCCAAGGCCAAUUUAGAGAAGCCAAAGAAAGAUGAAAAAAACUCAGAAGCAGGCGUGCUCACCUGGAUCUCCCAUGGCUUCGUCAAUGCCCUGCCCCAGCCAGUAGGCACCCCAAAUCUCGAAAGGGCCAACCCUGAACCAGAGAAAACCCCACCGGAAGAGAAUGCCGUGGACACCAGUCGUGUGACGGACAGCUGUACGCCCGUGGAAGAGCAAGGACCGGGCGUCGUUGGCUGGAUCGCGCAGGGAUUGGCUAAGGUAGUUCCGCACCUUGAGUCCCCCAAGGAUCCUCCUGAUGUCGAAGAAACCACUGAGGUAUUUGAGGCAAAAGAAAUACCAGAUGCAGAGCCCCUCCCCCACAUCCCCGUGGUGGAGGUGGUGUCAGAGGUGGAGCCUCCAGCAGAGGACAGCAGCUUCCCCCCCAGGGUGCUCAGUUGGCUGAAGCAGGGCUUAGAGAAGGUGGUGCCCCAGCCCCCAGAGGUCCCAUCCCAGUCCAGCUCAGAGACCCCAGCCAACAAGCCCGAGCCCCCAGUGCAGAAAGUUGCCUCGCCUCCACCUGAACCACCAAAACCAGCAGAGACGGAACCCAAGGCCACACUCGUGGUGGGCUGGAUUGUCCAGGGGCUGGGAAGAAUGAUGCCGCAGCCAGCCUCAAAGGCCAAAGAGGGCGGGGAGUGCGCUGUCCCUGUGCAAAAUGGUAAGUUAGAUACUCAUUCUCCUCUGACAUAUUAUCACUGUCACAAACAGAGACGGGGAAUCUGUACCGUGCAGGAGCCUGUGGCCAUGGUUCUGGAGGAUGUGGACUCAGACUGGGAGAACGAGGAUCGGCCGGAGGAGCCAGACCAGGUUGAGCAGCCAGAGCGCCUAGGGCAGGCAGAGCAACAGAGGCAGCCUGGACAGCCCGAGCAGCCCAAACAGCUAGAGAAAAUCAUAGAAGAAGAACAAGCAGAGCAGUCAGAAGAGCGAGAACAGCAAGAACAGUCAGAACAGUCUGAGCAGACAGAGGAACCAGAACAGGUAGAACAGCCAGAGAAAUUAGAACAGCUAGAGGAACCGGAACAGUUAGAACAGCCAGAGCAGUUACAAAGGCCAGAGGAACCAGAACAGUUAGAACAGCCAGAGCAGUUAGAAAGGCCAGAGGAACCAGAACAGUUAGAACAGCCAGAACAGAUAGAGCAAAUCAAGGAAGAAGAACAGCGAGAGCAGCAAGAACAGUCGGUGCAGACAGAGCAGUUAGAAGAACCAGAGCAGCAAGAACAGUCAGUGCAGACAGAGCAGUUAGAACAGCCAGAGCAGCAAGAACAGUCAGUGCAGACAGAGCAGUUAGAACAGCCAGAGCAGCAAGAACAGUCGGUGCAGACAGAGCAGUUAGAACAAACCAAGGAAGAAGAACAGCCAGAGCAGCAAGAACAAACCAAAGAAGAAGAACAGCUAGAGCAGCAAGAACAGUCCAUGCAGACAGAGCAGUUAGAACAGCCAGAGCAGCAAGAACAGUCGGUGCAGACAGAGCAGUUAGAACAAACCAAGGAAGAAGAACAGCCAGAGCAGCAAGAACAAACCAAAGAAGAAGAACAGCUAGAGCAGCAAGAACAGUCCAUGCAGACAGAGCAGUUAGAACAACCAGAGGAGCAAGAACAGUCAGUACAACCAGAGCAGUCAGAACACACCAAGGAAGAACAGCCAGAGCAGCAAGAACAGCCGGCGCAGGCAGAGCAGCUGGAAACACUGAACGCGACACGUCAGGACCCGUCAGUGGUGUUGGAGGACAGAGAGACGCAGACUGAAUCCCCAAACGGGGCCCGCUCCCUGCCCCAGGUGCUGGAGGAUGCGGAGACGCAGACCGAGAGGCGCACACCACUGAGGGACAGGAUGGAGAAGGAAGCUGGGGUGGUCACCUUAGAAACACUGGAAGAGAUACUCAGGGAGGAGCGGAAGGAGUCGGCGAAACUGGCGGAGGGGGUGGCGCUACAAGCCGCGGAGAUGGCGAUUCGGCAGUUGGGGCAGGACCAGGCAGCCUCCAGGGAACAGUGCCUGGUGGAUGUGGGCUCAACUGAAGCUUCGACCAAACCGGAAGAAGCACCAAAAUCCAAGAUCGUGGUGACCCAACAGCCAACGGCCACGCUUGGAGCCGCUCCUCCCCCGGCCACCGCCCAGGAGGAAGCGGUUGUUGAGCAGGAGUGUGGAGUCCCUGCCAGCUGCAGCAGGGUACAGCAGUGUUUUAGGCGCAUCCCCUUCCUGCCCCAGUGCCUGGAUCGCUUCAGCCUGCUGCUGCAAGAGAACAACCUCUCCCCGCCCAAACCCUGCCUCCCCGACCUGGCCCAGCUCAGCCAGCAUUUACCCCAGCUCCCCAAACUGCCCCGGCUCGACCAGCUGCCCAAGCCAAAGCUGCCCCUGCAACUGCCCAAACUGCCCCAGAACCUGCCCAAACUGCCCCAGCAACUGCCCAAGCUGCCGCUUCAGCUACCCAAGCUGCCAGAGAAACUGCCCGGCCUGCCCCAGAAGCUGCCUCAGUUACCCCUGCAGCUAACCAAGCUGCCCCAGUUCACCAGGCAGUGCUUCGUCAACGUCCGAAACCGCCUCAACACCCUCACGCCUCACAGUGUGCUGGACCUCCCCAAUGUGCCCAGCUACCCUCGCUUGCCCCCCAUCCGGCAGGGCUCAGGGCUCUCCAACCCCGGCUUCCAAGCUGACGAAGACCCUUCCUCUAACCGGCCCUCAGAGAGCUCUAGGCUUAGCGUACACCCAGCCGUGAACGUGGAGGAUGUAGACUCUGAUGGAGACGCAGGAGGGGGUCCCCGCAAUGUGCCCCGAAUCCUCACCCCGCAGGACCAAAACCCCAAGACUCUGACCGUGCCUGGCGUCUCCAUGGCAGCCCGGAGAAAGAAGCUGUACUCCCAAGGGGACGAAGAGGAGGAGGAGGAGGACACUGCCGUCAGAACGUGGCCCAGUCAGAGCAGCCUCCUCAGCGUUGACGAUGGGUGUGACCGGCCUGCCUCCGCGGCCAGCCAGACAAGCACUGUGGUGCAGGAGCGGCUGCAGGAGCUGGUGAAACUCUUCAAGGAGCGGACGGAGCGCGCCAAGGAGAAACUCAUCGACCCAGACUCGGAUGAGGACAGCCCCACGGCCUCCCCUACCAAGAAGGCCAGUGAAGCUCCUCCACCCCCGCCCCCUCCCGCCGAGGAGCAGAAGGAGCCGUCGGCUCCGGCCGAAAAGGAGGAGGAAGAGGGGGGCGGGGAGUGGUACCAGCAGCUGUGGCGCAGAGUGAAGGUCCCGGCCUGGAUAAUGAAAAUUGUCAGCUAUCGCUUUCCCUCCAGCAUCGACCCCUACACCAACCUGAUGUACGUGCUGUGGCUGUUCUUCGUCACCAUGGCCUGGAACUGGAACCUGUGGCUGAUCCCCGUGCGCUGGGCUUUCCCCUACCAGACCCCCAGCAACAUCUACCUGUGGCUGCUGGCCGACUACCUGUGCGACACCAUCUACAUUCUGGACAUCCUGGUCUUCCAGCCCCGCCUGGAGUUCGUCCGGGGCGGAGACAUCGUGUGUGACAAAAAGGACAUGCGGGAGAACUACAUGAAAACACUGCGCUUUAAGAUGGACUUGAUCAGCCUCGUACCCCUGGAGCUGCUUUACAUCAAAACCGGCGUCAACUCUCUCCUCCGCUUCCCCCGACUGCUUAAGUACAUGGCCUUCUUCGAGUUUAAUGACCGUCUGGAGGCCAUCUUGAGCAAAGCCUACAUCUACCGAGUUAUCCGCACCACCACCUACCUGCUGUACUCCCUGCACUGCAACGCCUGCCUGUUUUACUGGGGCUCGGCCUACGAGGGUCUGGGCUCCACCAAGUGGGUCUACAACGGAGUGGGGAACAGUUACAUCCGCUGUUACUACUUUGCGGUGAAAACCCUGAUCACCAUCGGGGGCCUGCCCGACCCCACCACGCUCUUCGAGAUCAUCUUCCAGUUGGUCAACUACUUUGUGGGAGUCUUCGCUUUCUCCAUCAUGAUCGGUCAGAUGAGAGACGUGGUCGGCGCGGCAACGGCAGGACAGACCUACUACCGGGCCUGCAUGGACAACACCGUGAAAUACAUGACCUCCUACCGUAUCCCCCGUGACGUCCAGAACCGGGUCAAAACCUGGUACGACUACACCUGGCAGUCCCAGGGCAUGCUGGAUGAACAGGAGUUGCUGAUCCAGCUCCCGGAUAAGAUGCGUCUGGACAUCGCUGUGGAUGUGAAUUACUCCAUUGUCAGUAAAGUCGCUCUCUUCCAGGGCUGUGACAGGCAGAUGAUUUUUGACAUGUUGAAGAGGCUCAGGUCUGUGGUCUACCUCCCCGGGGACUAUGUCUGCAAGAAGGGGGAGAUUGGCCGGGAGAUGUACAUCAUUAAGGCGGGGGAGGUGCAGGUGGUGGGCGGGCCUGAUGGGAAGACGGUGUUCGUCACGCUGAGGGCGGGGUCUGUGUUCGGGGAAAUCAGCUUGCUGGCGGUGGGUGGCGGGAACCGGAGAACUGCCAACGUGGUGGCGCACGGGUUUGCCAACCUCUUCAUCCUGGACAAGAAGGACCUGGCGGAGAUCCUGGUGCACUACCCCGAGUCCCAGAAGCUGCUGCGCAAGAAGGCCAAGAAAAUGCUGACGAAGGAUUCGAAACCGGCUGAUAAGGAUGCGAAGGAGAGCGCCCAGGUGAUCCCCCCGCGGCCCGAGACCCCCAAGCUGUUCAAGGCGGCGCUGGAGGUGACCCAGAAAUCCGGCAUGAAGGGUACCUUCUCCAAGCUGAGCAAGUCCUACAAGUCCAGCACCAGCCUACGGGCCUCCACCUCCACCCUCGGGCGGCCCGCGGAGGAGGGGGAAGAUGAGGAGGACCUGGUGACCGAAAGCAGGGACGGCUCCAUGCUGAUCCGGCUCUCGCCCGCGCCCCACGGGGACGACGUCCUGUCCGUGGAGGGAGACGCAGGGGCGGGGGUGCAGGGCGAGGGAGGGGCGCCCAGGCCAGGGGAGGGGAAGAAGCCCAAGGAGUAG